AUGACUGCUGUCCUCUUGCAGGUAAACUCCAUUAUUUGUACUUCAACAUGUUCAUCUUCAUACGUAGAUUCCAAAUACCUUAACAAUUUUACAAACGGGUGUUGGAAGGAUACGAACGGGGCUACGAACGGCCACAGCCCUCCGACCCUGUACCCGACCUUCGGGCUACUGAAAUCUAUGAAGCUUACCGUUCUGGUGCUGUACGUGUCAUUUGUUGUGCUCAAUGUGUGGAUUUCUGAAUUUUGGGGUGAAAAUAGAAGAGCUCGCUUAUCUUGGUUAAUAAUUGAGCAAACAGGCAAUGGUUAUUAUCUGAAUGUGUAUGGUCUAUUCCCAUAUUCUGGUCUGAUUGGAGCCAUCGAAUAG